AUGGCCUCCGUCUGCUCCCACGAAUCUUAUCCCACGAGCGUAGAUAGCCUGCUCCUCGAGCAUCCUGCCGCCUCCCACCGCAUAAAAUACCGCGGUGCCGGACCGCGCCAUCCAUUCGACUUCACGCUCGAGACCGUGAAGCAGCCAAUCGACACCUCGCUCAUCAUGCCUCACUUCCGCGCACACGCCCAGCCGCUCGACCACCGGCUCAGCAUGUACGUCGGCACAGAAUCUGCAGCGCCCAUCAAGGUCAAAGUCUGCCGACGGUUUAUGCCGACGCGGACAAUGAAGUUCAAGCUCGAGGUGCACUCCACCUCGGGCUCGGACGUCACCAUCUGGUUGCCCUCGGACUUCCGCGGCCACAUCCACCGCUCCACGUCCUGCAAGAAAAUCAUCUUCUCCGCCGGCUUCACGAACCGCAUCAUGGCCAACGUCUGCGUCACCCAGUCUCGCCGGCCGUCCGUCGUCUCCGUCGCCGACUCCGCCCCCUACCGCUUCUCCGAGAUCUUCGUCUCCUCGGACGCCGAGAAGCCCGUCCCCCCAAGCGCCUCCCCCGCGCUCGCGCGCGCCGCGGUCGAGGAGGACGAGGUCGUGGUCGAGACCGCGGGCACGGUCACGUUCCGGAUGUGGGACAUCCACGCCGGCGCGCCGGAGGCCCGCGCGAAGGAGGCGUGCAAACGCGUGUUCGGCCUCGGCUGGUGCUCGAAGCCCUCGCCAGAGGUCGCGCUCGACCAGUGGGACUUCCUCCUCGAGGACUGA